AUGAGUGCGUCCUCAUUUCAUCUGAUUCUGAAGACCCGCUUCCGACAACAACGAAAAGGCGAGCUGGCGGCGGCCGUCAAGACCAGCCACCAGCAACAGUACAUUCUAGCUCUGUUUGAAGCCAAUUUCUUGCUUCUUAUGAUUUUACCCGCCACGAAGAAUGUGUCGGCGGAUGGGCUGAAGUAUCAAGAUGAGCGCAAGCUACCAGCCUACUACAACGAGGACAUCAUUCCCGACCCCGAGACCGGGCUCAACCUUCCUGUCCGCAUUCUUGACUACUUCUACUUCUGUGAUGCCGUGCAGUUUGUACCUCUCGAGCACUUAGACAGGGCCACACUCUUGGGCUAUGGCUUGGCCGUGCUGCCGCCUGAGAAGACAGCUGAACUCGCCGAGGGAGCAGCAUCCAGCACGGCGAUCGCGUUUGAGGUCGACGAGUGGUCCAUCGAAUACGGCUCUCCUCCCAUGCUCUGGCUUAAAUCCAAGCGCGCAUGGUACCAGUUGCUGCAGCCGGAACCCCGCUAUCAGCGCUACUUUCGCACCGUUCAGAGCAAGUUCGAUGUGUGCACCGGCAUUCAUAAGCUCAUGGAAGCGGACAAGAAGGUCUCCUACGCCGACGUGGUCGCGCAUAUGCACGAUCGCUACGGCAUAACGGAGGACUACCUCGUUAAGGAGGCAGCCUCGGUCCUUAAAGGCCUGCUGAAGGCCUACCCCGAGUACAGGACCACUCCCUUCUUCCGCAAGCUGAGGGACGUUUCUACCGCCAUGAAGAGCCGCUCGGUCAAGCCCAACACGUCGCCACGAAAGGAGAAAGAGGUGGACCGCGCACGCGCUUCCGAUUCUCCCUCGGCCACUUCAAUCCGGCGGCGCAGGCGACUAUGUCACCAUUGCAAGACGGAGCUCUCCUCCACCGCGAUGGACCAUCAGAAAUGUGGCGACUGCCGCAAGGUGUACUGCGCGGACUGUCUGAAAGACAACUAUGAGAUCAAGCUCGGCACCAUCAAGGGCACCCCGUGGGUGUGUCUCGCAUGCGAAGGCCUGUGUACGUGUAAGGCCUGCCUCAAGUCCAACGGAAACGGAGACGGAGCGAGCAACGCGGGGCGGAAGCGCAAAACGCCUUCCGCUGCAGACAGCGAGGGGCUCAGGAGGAAGGAGGACGAGAAAAGGAGAAGACUGGCCCGCGACGCAGAGGAGGCGCGAGAGAAGGAGGAGCUCAAGUGCCUCGCCAAUGAGGCGAAGGGCAAGGAGAGCGCGCCAACCGAUCCGAAGGAACGGGAGCGCCGCGAGGGGAAGGAGAGACGGCGGCAGGAGCAACUGCAGGCCCAGGAAAAGCGCGUGGAGCUCGCGGGUCAGAGAGAGCCGCGCAAUCUCGAAGCGGCGAUGAGCCAGCCGCUGGGCUAUGAUCGACACGGGAACCGAUAUUGGUGGAUCAGAGAGCCACUUUCGCCAAGGAAGCAGGUAGGACGGAUUUUUGUCGAGCAGGCGCCCAACCAAGGUGGGCACCCUUCGCAACUGGAGGUGCUGCAGUGGUCCUUCUACGAGACCAAGGAGGACCUCGCGCGCCUGAUGCGGGACCUCAACGUGAACGACACCAGGGAGAAGGCCCUCUACCCCGAACUGAAGCGGUACUACGACAACAUCCCCUACGCCGACCUGUGCGACAAGGAGAAGAAGCAGAAGAAGGAGAGAGAGGAGAGGCAGCGGCGCGCCGAGGUCAGGCGCGACCGGUUCAUGUGCUCGAGGGCAGAGCCAACCGAGGAGGAGGAGGAGGAGGAGGAGGAAAAGAAGAAGAAGAAGAAGAAGGUGGAGGAGGAGGUCAACCAGCGGACAAACGCGAUGAAGGGAACAAAGGCAACGGAGGCGACGCCAACGAAGCUAAGGAGGCGGGGUCGAAGAGGCAAGAUCCCAUGGACGUGCACCCGCGGGUCAAUUCGUGAGCAGAUCUUGGGCCUCGAGCUCAGCCUCCCGCACUACAUGCUGCUGGACCGCCUCUCCUAUACAAAGGAAAUAACUGCCUGGCGACAGAAGGUGGCAAAAGAGCGCAGUCCAGCGGUGCUGUGUGAGCUGAUGCUCUUCAUGGAGGCGCAUUUGACCAGCGAGGCGUUGAAGGGCUGGCACGACUCGCCGAUGCAGAAGAUAUGGCGACGCUUUUGCCGCGGCCGCGAGGCCACAUCGCUGCGUGAGGUGGCGCUGGCGCUGGACCACCUCGAAUGCGCCAUCCAGUGGCAGCACGCGAAACAAGAGCUUAAGCCGUGCACCGGCUGCGACCGCAGCUGCCACCCAAUGCAACUGAAACUGGUGCCCAGCGGCGAAAGGUAUUAUUGCUCCUCGUGCCUCGCCAACUCCACGAACCCCGGCCUAAUGCUGCGACGAAGCAAACGGCCGGUGGAUGACGACGAAGACGAUGACGACGCUGACGAAGAAGAAGACGACGGAAAAGGAGAGUGA